GCCUUCAACCAGCUGGAGAUGGCUGAGAUCCCCAAAGCCGUCUUACCUCUACGACGCCUGACACGCCUGCAGUUGAACGACAACCCGGCGGUCGCCGAGCUCAUGGAGGACUACCGGCCCUGGGUCCUUCGCAUGGUUCCACACUUGGAGGAGCUUGACAACGAGACGGUCAUGGAAGUGGAAAGGCGUUCACCCGAGCCUUGGGUGAGCGGCUUUGCCGGCAUGGGGCGAGCAGUGGCCAGGUCCGUCGCCGAGGUGAAGCAUCGAGAACCGGCUCUUUCACGGGGUUUACUUGGCUUGGUGGCUCCCAAGUCGCAGAUCGCCAGGCCGGAGAUGGAGCGCAUGGACUGCGAAGGUGUGGACAGGUGCCAUCCGAGCACCACGGCCAAGGAGGCCCUCCUAGAGCGAUGGAAAGCUGCUUGGGCCGGUCCUGGGCCAACGCCCAAUGCGGACGAGAGCGGCUGCCAGAUGUGUGCGUUGGCAAGCUGGUGUGAGGCCCUGAACGCUGCUCGCAGUGUGCCCUUGGUCGUCCAUACGCGUGAGGAGCGACGAACUGCCGCCCUUUGGGCCUCCAAUGCCGGGCGCCAUGACGAUGCGCUCUUUGCCCUGCAGAGGCGGCACGACUUUUGGAACGCCUUCCUGCAACUCUGCGCUGCGCAAUACGAGUCGUUGUGCUCCUGGCCCAGAACGCAGACCGUGUGCAGAAGCUCUGUUUUUGAGUUGCAGAUCCCUGGAGCUGAGAUCUCUCGUCAAGAGCUCUUGCGUAAGGUCCAAUCCAGAUGGCGGGGCCUUCGCGCGCGGCGCCGGGUCCAAGCGUUGCGCCUGGAGCGCUGGUGCCAGGCUUUGUCUUCAAGUCAGGUGUCCGGUCUUGUGAAGUUGCAGGCAUCUUGGCGAGGUGCGCGUCAGCGCGAAGUCCUUCGGAAGAUGGGCUAUGUGCUGCCCAGCGACCGGCGCCUCGCCGAGUAUGGCCGCGCGGCCACGCAGCUGCAGGCGGCGCUGCGGGGCUCGCGGCUGCGGCAGAAGCUUCGCUGGGCCAAGGAGGUGUCCAAGAUGACGAGUGAUGAAAUGGAGGACUGUCCCGCCGUGGACUUGGAUGAGCUCCUGGACGACGCACGACGGGUGGCGGAGGCAGAUCCCUUUGGCUUCUUGAGCCUUCCAAAGGCGGUGCCGGCGGCGAGGAUCACCCCUGACCUUCCUGCGAAGCCAGCAGCUCCUCAAGGUCAACCGAUGGCUGCUUGGGGGACGCCACCCUCCACAGCUGCAGGUGAGAGAACUCCGGAGGAGGCACCACGAGGAGGCAUCCCCGACUCGCCCGCGAGCCGGCCACAGUCCGGGCGAGGCGCCAGUGCAGGCUGUCGGAGAUCGCGCUCCAUGUCCUCCACGGCGGAGUCCGCCAUGACCGAAGAAGGCCAUGGAAGAAACCGGGCUGAGCAAGCGAAGGAGGAGUGGGGCUUCAAGGACCUGUCCACAGCUCGGAACUACUUAAAGGCCCAGAGGAGGCGUCAGCCGAGAUCCGCUUGUUCAAAGCGAUCCCUGCGGUGGCGCCUGCGCCCCAGGCCGCCUCCCAUCCCUGGAGGAGGUUCCUCCAGCCGUUCGGCCCUCACGCCCACUCACGCCGGACCUCGGAAGUUCGCCACGGCCGCCCGGGGAGGCGACGCGCGCGGCGACGGAGGCUUGCCAAACGCACAAGAGGCGAUCAAGGAGUACAAGCGGCAACAAGAGGCGGAGGCCGCCGAGCGGGACGGCGCUGGCACCGUGGAGUUCCGCAGCGGCUCACCCAAUCGCAAGUUGAUGCGCAGCUCCAAAAGCCUCAGUUGAGUGGCCUCCGUUGACGCUUGCGGCCGCUUGCGCAGGUGAGUCAACAGGUUAGACAACGCUGGUGGAUGUCACAGUUGAAGGUGACAACGGACCACCCCAACAUAAACACCAUACGUAUUGAAGGUCGUACCGUGUCGUUAGGGUUUGUUCCAUUUCAUGG